AUGGAGUCUGAACAUGAUCAUCAACCGGCAUCAGAAAAUCCCACUGAUCAUGGGGAGGAGCAAGCAGGUGCAAGUCAAGUAACAUCCAAGUCUUAUGAGUGCAACUUUUGCAAGAGGGGUUUCUCUAAUGCACAAGCUCUUGGGGGACACAUGAACAUCCAUAGGAAAGAUAAAGCCAAACUCAAGCAACAACAAUUUCCAAACCAAACUCAAACAUCUUUGGACAAGGUCCCUUCAUUGGAUCAAGCUAAUUCUGUUGAAGAUCGUAGCAAACCAAACUGGAAUUUGAAUGUGUCUCAACAAGAACAUGGCUCCUCCAGAGCCACUCACACGAGGCAGCUUCCACUCUUUGCCGAAUCACCAACUAAUAGUGAAACACAAGAAUCACAAGAUGAAGAACGAACUUUGUUACCUAGCCAAGAUUUCUCAUCAGGGGUAGACCUUGAACUAAGACUGGGACCUGAACCACAAGAAUCAUCAAAUGAAACGGGUACAAGAAAAUUCUUUUGA